UAGACGUUUAGCGACUCUCUCAGUCUAUUGGUCACUUUGCAUGUUAUUAUCAUAGUCGGUUCUUGGUGUGGAAAUCAUGUUAACGCUGUUACAACUGUAACUCUGUUGAACUAUAUGUUUGGCGGCAACAUUGGAAACGGAAACAAUUUAUACAUUCGUCGCAACACCCCAACAACAGAAACUUCAGAAUGAGCGUGGGGUUCAUCGGAGCGGGUCAGUUGGCCCAUGCCUUGGUGAAGGGAUUCAGCGCUGCAGGUGUCAUUGCCACACAGAGGAUCACUGCCAGCUCCCCAGACACAGAUCUUCCCACAGUGUCUGGACUGCGGAAAAUGGGUGUCAAUCUCACAACCAGCAACAAGGAGGUGGUGAACAAGAGUGACGUUCUGUUUCUGGCUGUCAAACCACACAUCAUCCCCUUCGUGUUGGAUGAGAUCGGACCGGACAUUGAGGACCGCCACCUCAUUGUGUCCUGUGCGGCUGGUGUCACCAUCAGCUCCAUUGAGAAGAAGCUGCUCCAGUACCGCCCGUUCCCCAAGGUGAUGCGAUGCAUGACCAACACCCCGGUGGUGGUUCGGGAGGGAGCCACGGUCUACGCCACGGGUACCCACGCCGAGCUAGAGGACGGGAGGCUGCUGGAGCAGCUGAUGGCCAGUGUGGGCUACUGCACGGAGGUGGAGGAGGACCUGAUCGAUGCCGUCACCGGACUCAGUGGCAGUGGACCUGCCUAUGCAUUUACAGCCGUGGAAGCGCUUGCUGAUGGGGGGGUGAAAAUGGGUCUGCCCAGGAGACUGGCUAUACGGCUUGGAGCACAGGCCCUGCUGGGAGCAGCCAAAAUGCUGUUGGACUCGGAGCAGCACCCUGGCCAGCUGAAGGACAACGUUUGCUCCCCAGGGGGCGCCACCAUUCACGCCCUGCACGUCAUGGAGAGUGGGGGCUUCCGCGCCCUGCUCAUCAACGCUGUGGAGGCCUCCUGCAUUAGGACCAGGGAGCUCCAGUUCUUGGCUGACCAGGAGAAGAUCUCUCCUGCGGCCAUCAAGAAGACUACGCUGGACAAGGUUCUGCAGCAGCCAGGGGUGGGAACAGGGGUGGGCGUCCGGACGGGAUCUGGGAUCAGCCUGUUCAACAGCAGCAACCCCAGGCAUAAGAAGUAAUUGAACUGAGUGGCUCUGAUCACAGAACAGUGGUGAAUUCAUUAGUGCAUUGCAGACCAUAUCAAAACAUUUUGCAACAAAAACAAGUUUCUUAGCGGACAAGUUCAGGUAGUUCCUCCCUGUUUGGGUCUUUUUGCUUCCUAGUGAUACGCCCCAGGAAGAGACCCUCAAAAGAAUGAAAUGCCGCUGAACAUAUUAUUUAAACCCUAAAAAAGGUGUUAUGGUUAUAGCAUGCCAGCUGAGAGGAGGGGCAUAAAUGGCAGCUUCAUAAAUGUGAUGAUAAACUUAAAGCAGCAAUAGAGGAUGUAGGGUGAAGGGACACUUCUCCUGCUCUCCUUCCAUGUUCACUGACUAGAAACAUCUGGACAGGUAAAAGCAAGUUCCUAAUAGGCAUUAUGGCUUUCACCUGUCCAGUGUUGUCAUAUCAGUGCAGAUGAAGGAGAAAAGCAGUAGGAGGUGACCGGGGGAAGAAGACGAACAUAGACAGUUAAGAUGGACCAACAUGGUGAUGAACAACAGGUCACAAUUCCUUUACGUUUUAGCCAUUUAGCAGAUGCUCUAAUCCAGAGCGAUUUACAGGAGCAAUAAUGGUCAAGUGCCUUGCUCAAGGGCAAGUGAACAGAUUUUUCACCUAGUCGGCUCGGGACUCGAACCAGGUAUCUAUCGGUUACUGUUGGAACGUUCUUAACCUCUAGGUUACCUGCCGCCCACUCCCUUUCAGUAGAAACACAGAGACAGAUGUAGAGUUGGAUGUCUUAUGUGCUCAGCUAUCUAUAGCUUCUGUUUCAUAGAAUGUGUGCCUAUAUGUUCCGUUAGAUAGAUUGUUAGGUCAUACAUUAUGUACAGUCUUACUGGAACUAUUUUGGUCUGUUGCUAAACGGCAAAGGUCCCUGUUUUCUAUUGUUGUUUAUCUCUUCAUUUUCUUUGCUUGAUUGAGAGAUACUGAACAAAAAUAUAAACGGAACAUGCAACAAUUUCAAAGAUAUUAGAGUUACAGUUUAUAUGAGGAAAUCAUUGGAUUAUGGAUUUUAAACGACUGGGAAUACAGAUAUGCAUCUGUUUGACAAAGAUGCCUUAAUAAAAAUGGGCCUCACAAUGGGCCUCAGGAUCUCCAUGGUAUUUUUGUUUGUUCACAUUGCCAUCGAUAAAAUGCAAUUGUGUUUGUUGUUUGUAGUUUAUGCCUACCCAUACCAUAACCAGGGUCGCCACCAUGGGGCACUGUUCACAAUGAUGACAUCAGCAAGCCACUCGCCCACAUGACGCCAUACACAUGGUCUGCAGUUGUGAGGCAGGUUGGAUGUACUGCCAAAUUCUCUAAAACGACAGUAGAGAAAUUAACAUUAAAUUCUCUGGCAACAGCUCUGGUGCAGAUUCCUGCAGUCAGCAUACCAAUUUGCAGCUCUCUCAAACUUAAAACCUCUGUGGCAUUGUGUUAUGUGACAACUACAUGGCCUUUUGUCCCCAGCACAAGGUACACCUGUAUAACGAUCAUGCUGUUUAAUCAGCUUCUCUACAUGUCACACCUGUCAGGUGGAGGGAUUACCUUGGCAAAGGAGAAAUGCUCACUAACAGUGAUGUAAACAAAUAUUUGCACAACAUUUGAGAGAAAUAAGCAUUUUUGUGCAUAUGGAGCAUUUCUGUGAUUUUAUUUUUCAGUUCAUGGAACACUUUACAUGCUGCUUUUAUAUUUCUGUUCAGUGUAGAUGAAUCUCCUUUGCAAGAUAGACUUGCUACACACAAACACAUCUCUUUUGUGUGAGAGACUUGUUCAAGAUGGUAGCAAUCAUUGUUACACAUACACAGUAGGUAGACUACAGUAUUUUACAUAAGACAUUUUACGUUCAGUCCUUUUACAUAUUUGACUGGCAUAUUACUGUUUACAAGGUGGAAGUGGUACUAUUAGGCCUAUACAAAGUGAAAUGCAUGAAUAUGCUGAACCUGUAAGAGUUUAUAUAUUUUGUGAACAAAAUAUGUAAAGUCUAGCUAGAUCUGUUUUAUUAAACGUUAUUUCCAAAA